UAUGGCAAUGGUAGUUAGCAGCUGGCGAGAUCCGCAGGACGACGUGGCCGGGGGCAACCCCGGCGGCCCCAACCCCGCAGCGCAGGCGGCCCGCGGCGGCGGCGGCGGCGCCGGCGAGCAGCAGCAGCAGGCGGGCUCGGGCGCGCCGCACACGCCGCAGACCCCGGGCCAGCCCGGAGCGCCCGCCACCCCCGGCACGGCGGGGGACAAGGGCCAGGGCCCGCCCGGUUCGGGCCAGAGCCAGCAGCACAUCGAGUGCGUGGUGUGCGGGGACAAGUCGAGCGGCAAGCACUACGGCCAAUUCACCUGCGAGGGCUGCAAAAGUUUCUUCAAGAGGAGCGUCCGCAGGAACUUAACUUACACAUGCCGUGCCAACAGGAACUGUCCCAUCGACCAGCACCACCGCAACCAGUGCCAAUACUGUCGCCUCAAGAAGUGCCUCAAAGUGGGCAUGAGGCGGGAAGCGGUUCAGCGAGGAAGAAUGCCUCCAACCCAGCCCAAUCCAGGCCAGUACGCACUCACCAACGGGGACCCCCUCAACGGCCACUGCUACCUGUCCGGCUACAUCUCGCUGCUGCUGCGCGCCGAGCCCUACCCCACGUCGCGCUACGGCAGCCAGUGCAUGCAGCCCAACAACAUUAUGGGCAUCGAGAACAUCUGCGAGCUGGCCGCGCGCCUGCUCUUCAGCGCCGUCGAGUGGGCCCGCAACAUCCCCUUCUUCCCGGAUCUGCAGAUCACCGACCAGGUGUCCCUGCUACGCCUCACCUGGAGCGAGCUGUUCGUGCUCAACGCGGCCCAGUGCUCUAUGCCGCUGCACGUGGCGCCGCUGCUGGCCGCCGCCGGCCUGCAUGCCUCGCCCAUGUCCGCCGACCGCGUCGUGGCCUUCAUGGACCACAUCCGCAUCUUCCAGGAACAGGUGGAGAAGCUCAAGGCGCUGCACGUCGACUCGGCCGAGUACAGCUGCCUCAAAGCCAUCGUGCUGUUCACGUCAGACGCCUGUGGCCUGUCGGAUGCGGCCCACAUCGAGAGCCUGCAGGAGAAGUCGCAGUGCGCACUGGAGGAGUACGUGAGGAGCCAGUACCCCAACCAGCCCAGCCGCUUUGGCAAACUGCUGCUGCGACUGCCCUCGCUGCGCACCGUGUCCUCCUCCGUCAUCGAGCAGCUCUUCUUCGUCCGUUUGGUAGGUAAAACCCCCAUCGAAACUCUCAUCCGCGAUAUGUUACUGUCUGGGAGCAGCUUCAACUGGCCUUACAUGUCCAUCCAGUGCUCCUAGACCUUGGGCGCUUCCCACCUGCCCCGUCCCCCUAGAGACUCAGAGGACCCACCUGGGCCAAGGACUCCAAAGCCGCGGGGACACCGGGAAGUGCAGCGGGCCAGGCAGGCCGGGCGGGAGGGAGGAGGGCCGAGACAGGAGCAGCCCACCCAGCAGAAAUACAAUCCGAGCUACAAAGCAUGGGAAAAAGAGACUUUUAGGAUCAGAUCUGUGAGCACAUUGGCGAGGAAAAACAAAACAAACAAACAAAAAGAACCUUGUGUCUGUCUGGUGAAAAAAAGAAAAACAAAUUGGAAGAGAGGACCAUGAGAAUUUUAAUAAAACAGAAGGAAACUAAUGGACCUUCCAGGAUUUAUUGUGGACGGAUGUGGAUAUAUUCUGUACAGGAACAACACAUAUGGAAGUGGACUGAAGCCUAUGUAGAAACACACACACACUGAACAUUGUUAUUCAUUUUGUAAAAUACUAGUCUUUAUUUUCAUUUUUUGUAAAAUUUAAACAUCGUAUGCGCAUAAAGAAAAAGGAAACAAGAAUUAGGGGAAAAUAACAUUUUCCAAAUAAUUAUAAAAAAUUGUCCUGUGUCUAUGUAUCUAUAUCUGUUUUGUAUUUUUUUCUGGUUCCAAACCAGAUUUCCUGUGAUUCUAUACUAAUAAUUUUUGAUAUAACCCUUUGCUUCUUAUAAUGAGUGCGAUAUAUGUUGUCGAGGCUGUUCUUCAAGAAUUAAAAUUGAAGUGAAAAUUUAAACAAAAAUAAAAGAAUUUAGCAAAA